AUGGGCAAAAAAUCGGCAAAAAGCGCAAAAAUUGCGGCUACACAGGCAAUGGCAUCCACCUGUCAACCUCUCCUAGAGCUCAAGCAUGAAGACCCGGUCUUUUCACUGGCUGCCCAUCCUACUAGACCACUCAUAGUAACAGGUUCUGCCUCCGGAAGGGUGAAAUUACUCAGUUACGAUGCCGAAUUACUAGCUGACAAACUAAAAGCCAACUCCAAAACUGGCAAGACUAUUUCAUCUGGCGAAUCAACUAAGAAGAAGCCAUGGUUGGUCUCUAAGCUAGGCGAAAAGGACGAAAUUCUUGGUGCGCAAGAUUCGGGUUUCGCAGUCCAGUGGAAGACCAAGAGACACAAAGGAAGUUGUAGAUCAAUUUCUUUCGACAAAUCGGGGGACCAUGUGUAUACUGUUGGUUUGGACAAAAUCAUCAAGUGUGCAUCCACUGAGACGGGUCAGGUGGUGAAAAAGUCAGAUGAAAUGAAAGACUGGAGUUCGAAUGUCACACAACUGCUUAAGGCACCUAACAAAGAUAUGCUUCUUGUAGGAACUGAGUCAGGAAAUCUGUUUGUGUAUGAUUCAAGAACAUUCAAGCAGGUUUACAUGAUUCCCAAUCUGCAUGAUGAUGCAAUCAACAAAAUGACACACAUGGCAGGUUCCAGUGAUUACAAAUACAUUUCAGUUGGAUCUACCACGGUGACAGAGUUUGACAUACGCAAAGGAAUAGUGAGACAGAGUGAAGACCAAGAGGACGAGAUUCUGGCUGUGGACUAUGUUGAUAGAGAGAACUUCAAGACCCUUUCGUGUGGAAUGGGAGACGGUGUUGUGACGAUAUGGAAACCAGAGAAAAACAAUCUUUCUGAUCAAAUUUCAAGAGUGAGGGUUUCCAAAGAAAGUGUUGAGACCAUUGUCUCCACUAUGGAUGAUACUGGAGACUCCGUUUGGGCUGGAACUGCUGAUGGACUCAUCAAAAAGGUGAACACCAGGAUGGGGAAAGUGACGGAAGCCAGGAUACACAGCAUGAACGAUGACGUGAGUUUCUUGGAUAUAGAUUUUGACUAUAGGCUAAUCUCCUGUGGUAUGGAUAAGUUGAAGAUCUGGAGUGCGGAUGCUGAGUCUGAUGAAGAGGAGAGUGAUUUUUCUAGAAACUCAAGUGAUUCUGAAGAGGACGACAAUAGCGAGGAUGAUAUUCAGGGAGGUCAUGAUGGAGAGGCCAAGGAAGUCAGUGACGUUGAUUCUUUUGAAUCAUUUGGUUCUGACGACUGGGAGGAUAUGCUUGAUGAUAGUGGUGAAGGUGAAGAAGAUGCAGACGAUGCAGAAGGCGCAGAAGGUGCAGAGGAGAGUGAGGGCGAAGAUGAAAACGAAGACGAAUCUGAGUUAGCAGUCCUCACCAAAUUGGCUGUAAAGAGAAGAUUUGCUCCUGCUAAAGCCGAUCAGACUCCAAUAGAAACAAUCAGCAAUGCUCCAGCCGAGGAAGAUAAGCCUGCAGCUGAAAAGCCAAAGAAAAAGCAGAAGAAGUUGACAGGGAAGCAACUAAAAAACAUGCAGACUCACGAACAUGGCAUUAGGAAAUUUGAUGAUUUGUAA